AUGUACUUCUCAAGACCAAUCACCGCGCUGGCCGCUGGCAUAAGCUCUGUCUGCGCAGCAGUGCUGCCUAGACAGAUGAACACGACGGCUGUCGCCAACACAACUACGUCAACCAACACAACACUGCCACCGCUAUCUCUGGACUCGGAUCCCUUCAUCAUCCGCGCUCGACAGCUCAACGACAGCUCGGUGACCUUGGGUUACAUGUAUGCCGAAUACGCUUAUGGUGCAGGCUACUAUGCGACAUUGCGCCCCAAGGAUGAAGCUAUUGUCGGCCAUUUGACAGACACCACCAACCCUAGCAACAGCAGUUUGGUCUUUGGUGACGAAUAUCCUCAAGGCUUUGUGCUGUAUCCUUUACUGUCGUACGCGAACUCUAGCAUAGCCCAGAUAUACUCUGGCCAAGAAGGAACCAAGGGUCUACUGGUGAAUGAGGGAGGUAUUGUGGACUGGGCGACUCAGAGGGUGUCAUGGUUCGCUUGCAACCAAUCAUUAGAGUACGGACCUGCCACUGCCAUUUGGUACAGAUGGAUGAACGUUACGACCCCUCGCAACUGUGUGGAUGUUUUGUUGAUCGCAGAGCCGGUUUAG